AUGACGGUGGCUCCUGAGAGUGAAUCAGGUUGCGAUCGUAGCCACUUGCGUGGUAUCUGCUCGUACCCAUUGAGGACCGUUUCCAAUGUUCCUUUGAGUCACACUGGAAGGAAACCGGCGUUUUCAGAGCGAUGGAUUACUGAUGGUGAUGACACCAACGUUGAAGUACCUUUUGAUUUAACUGACUAUUCAAAACCAGAGAAUUGUGAUGGAACACGAUUUGUUAUGAAAACUGGCUUUCCGCUUUAUCAUUGUGAUAACAUUGAAAAAAUUGCAUCAGAACGAGACCGACACAUUUUAGGAAAUAAUAAUAGGCUGACUACGAAAGCAAAACGUUCUCUUUCUUAUCCAACAAAGGUUCAAAAUUUCUCUACUUCCUUCACUGACGAUAUGGAGAUACCGAGGACCGAUGUCACCUUCACUGAUUUAUCGCAGUCAACUAACCAACCUUCUAAAAAAAGAAGUUAUGAAGAAUUGGACAAACUAGAAGAGUUGGCGAAUAUGUCCCUUUCCGGUAAUUCCUGUCCAAGUAUUCCGGGAUCUAAGGCAAAGCCAGCAAUUCCCAAGGAGGUCUUGGAUGAAAUUAUAGGAUUCAUGAUCCGGUUUUGGGAUCAAGCAUACAAGGGAUACAUCCUGACAGAGCAGCAAGUAAAAGAAUCUGUAAGUGCAAAACUCAUGGCAGUCCACACAAAAGCAAAGAAGACUAAAAAGAGAAUGCCGGCCAACGACGCAUCAGCUUCCAACGAUGCAUCAGCUACCAUCGCUACUUUGGCUCCCCUCGCUUCCACUACAUCUGACGUGUAACUUAAACGCUGCCAAUCCCAUCUCUGCAAACCAAUUUAAAUUGCAAACCCUUUUUUAUUUCACUUUUUUAAUAUUGUUUCCUGAUACAAAAUCUGGUCCGUUACUCUAAUCAUGCCUUCUUAUCUAGAAGGAUUUUAACCUAGUUAAUAUGUCUAUCACUGCUGUUUUGUUUUAUUAUGGUCUUAUAUGCUACAGUUAUUCGUAAGGGUAUGCUGUGAUGAAGAAUGUAGUUUGUUUUUGUGCCAUUGUGAAAUACAAAGUUGU